UUUUAAUUAUAGAUUGAUAAUUUCAAUUGUUAAAGUGAUAGUUAAUUCGUUAAACAAUUAUUUAAACAAUUAGUUCAAAUAUGAGUUCAAUUAAAUCAUUAGAUCGUGAAGAACCUAAUUAUUUUGGUGCUGGACCAGCAUUAUUACCAACUUCAGUAUUACAAGAAGCAGCUUAUGAUUUAAUUAAAUAUGAACAGCUGACAGUUGGAAUUGGAGAAAUUUCUCAUCGUUCAAAACCAGCUAUUAAAGUAAUUGAUGAUACUAAAUCAAAUUUAAUUAAAUUAUUAGAUAUUCCUGAUACUCAUGAAGUUUUCUUUAUGCAAGGUGGAGGUACAACCGGAUUUUCUUCAAUUGUAUAUAAUUUAAUUGGUAAUUAUGCUAAAAGAAAUAAUGGAAAAAUUGGUAAAGCAGCUUAUGCAAUUACUGGUAGUUGGUCAAAAAAAUCUGCUCAAGAAGCUCAAAGAUUAGGAUUUAAUGUUGAUAUUGUUGUUGAUACAAAGGAUUUAAAAUAUGGAGAUAUUCCACCUUAUUCUCAAUGGAAAUCAAUUUCAAAAGAUACUGCUUAUCUUUAUGUAUGUGAUAAUGAAACUGUUCAUGGAAUUGAAUAUAAAGAUAUUCCAACUUCAGAUUAUCUUCCUGAAGGAGUUGAACUUGUAGCAGAUAUGUCAUCUAAUAUUUUAUCAAAAAAGGUUGAUGUUAGUAAAUAUGGGGUUAUAUUUGCCGGUGCUCAAAAAAAUAUUGGUAUAGCUGGUUUAACUAUAUAUAUUAUUAAAAAGUCUUUAAUUGAACAACCAACUGAUGAUGAAUUAAAAUCUUAUGGAAUUCCAUUAGUUCCAAUUGCAUUCCAUUUCCCAACUGUGAUUGCUAAUAAUUCUGCUUAUAAUACAAUUCCAAUAUUUGCUUGUCAUAUUUUAAAAUUAGUUACUGCAAAACUUUUAGAGAAUGGUGGAAUUAAACAAAUUCAAGCUAUUGAUGAAGAAAAAUCUAAAAUAUUAUAUGAAGCCUUAAGUAAAUAUCCUACAUUUUAUCAUUUACCAGUAACUAAUCCAAAAUAUCGUUCAAAUAUGAAUGUAGUAUUUACUUUACCAAAAGAAUUAGAAGAUAAAUUUAUUAAGGAAUCAACAGAAAAAAAUCUUAUUGGAUUAAAGGGUCAUAGAUCAGUAGGAGGUAUGCGUGCUUCUAUUUAUAAUGCUGUAAGUCUUGAUAGUGUUAAGAAAUUGGUGGAAUUUGUUAAUGAAUUCGCUACUAAUAAUGCUUAAUAACAAUUGAUUUAAUGAUAGUUUAUUAAUUAGUUAACAAAUAAAAUAUAAGUCUAUUUAUAGUUAAUUAGAUGUAACUGUAUAAGAGCUCAUAGUUAAAUUAAACCCCAUCUGAGGUGUAAACUCUAUAUAUGCAGUGUAUCUACACUAUAUAUCUACACUCUAUAUACACUCUAUUUACACUAUAUAUACACUAUAUAUACACUCUUCCUAUACACUAUAUAUACAUUCUUCAUAUACACUAUAUAUACAUUCUUC